UCCUCUGAAGCCUCAUGCGGGAGAUGGAUUUAAUUUUGAUCGCAGGGCUGUAAGGGAGGGGACUGGAAAGGAAACCUUUGUCAUCCAGCAGCAGCCUCUGUUGCCUUUAAUUACAUUAAAGUGAAGGAGCUGUGGGCUGGUGAGGGCAGUGCCAGCCAGGUGUGGGCAGGGAAGACAUCCCCAGUGCUCUGACAAGUGUGGGGCUGAGGAUGGAUGGAAAAGGACCCUCUGCAGAUUAGCUGGGUGGACUUCACAUCUACAGAUUGGCCACAGCGGAAGAUCAGUUAUGGACAAGAUGCUUUAAGGAGGACCCUGAGAGUGAGCUACAGAUUAUCAGGAAAAUGAGUGAAGAGAGUACCACUGAGGCUACCUCCCCCCCACCUCCCCAGGGGCAGCGCUACUUUGACCGAUUCUCAGAAGAUGACCCUGAAUAUAUGCGCCUUCGAAACAUGGCAGCUGACCUCCGGCAGGAUUUCAACAUGAUGGAGCAGAAGAAGAGGGUCACCAUGAUCCUUCAGAGCCCUUCUUUCAGGGAGGAGCUGGAGAGCCUUAUCCAAGAGCAGAUGAAGAAAGGAAACAAUUCUUCCAACAUCUGGGCCUUGCGGCAGAUCGCGGAUUUCAUGGCCAGCACCUCCCAUGCUGUCUUUCCAACUUCUCCCAUCAAUCUCUCCAUGAUGACCCCCAUCAACGACCUCCACAGUGCUGACUUGCCAAACUUGGCCAAAGGGGAACGGCUCAUGCGCUGCAAGAUUGGCAGUGUCUACCGGCUCUUAGACCUAUAUGGAUGGGCCCAACUGAGCGACACCUAUGUCACGCUGAGAGUCAGCAAAGAGCAGGAUCACUUCCUGAUUAGUCCCAAAGGCCUCUCCUGCAGCGAAGUAACAGCGUCCAGUCUGAUCAAAGUGAAUAUCCUCGGUGAAGUGGUAGAGAAAGGCAGCAGCAGCUUCCCAGUGGAUCCCACAGGCUUCAGUCUGCAUUCAGCCAUUUACGCAGCCAGGCCUGACGUGAGGUGCAUCAUCCACCUGCAUACCCCGGCCACAGCAGCAGUGUCAGCCAUGAAGUGGGGCCUCCUACCCAUCUCCCAUGAUGCACUGCUGGUGGGGGACAUGGUAUACUAUGACUUCAAUGGAGAAAUGGAAGAGGAAGCUGAUCGGAUCAAUCUGCAGAAGUGCCUUGGACCCACCUGCAAGAUCCUGGUGCUAAGAAAUCAUGGCGUGGUUGCUCUGGGUGACACUGUUGAGGAAGCAUUUUAUAAGAUCUUCCACCUACAGGCAGCUUGUGAGAUACAGGUGUCUGCUCUGUCCAGUGCUGGAGGGUCCGAGAACCUCAUCCUGCUGGAGCGAGAAAAGCAUCGGCCCCAUGAGGUGGGGUCAGUGCGAUGGGCUGGGAGCACUUUUGGACCCAUGCAGAAGAGUCGGCUGGGGGAGCAUGAGUUUGAGGCUCUCAUGAGGAUGCUGGAUAAUCUGGGUUACCGAACAGGCUACACCUAUCGAUACCCUUUUAUCCAAGAGAAGGCAAAGCACAAGAGCGAGGUUGAGAUCCCAGCCACUGUGACAGCUUUUGUUUUUGAAGAGGAUGGAGCCCCCAUCUCCACUCUUAGGCAACACGCUCAGAAACAGCAGAAGGAGAAGACCCGUUGGCUGAACAGUCCCAACACAUACCUUCGGGUCAAUGUGGCAGAUGAGGUCCAGAGGAGCACAAGCAGCCCUCGGACCAAAACAACAUGGAUGAAAGCAGAUGAGGUGGAGAAGUCUAGCAGUGGAAUGCCAAUCCGAAUUGAAAAUCCAAACCAAUUUGUGCCUCUCUAUACGGACCCCCAGGAAGUGCUGGAAAUGAGAAACAAGAUUCGGGAGCAAAAUCGUCAAGAUGUGAAGUCAGCAGGUCCUCAGUCACAGCUGUUGGCUAGUGUCAUAGCAGAGAAGAGUAGGAGUCCGUCUACAGAAAGCCACCUGGCCUCCAAGGGUGACACAGAUACCAAAGACGACUCAGAGGAAACAGUGCCUGUGGGACCAGAACCCCCCAAUCCCUUCAGCCAACUCACUGACCAAGAACUGGAGGAAUAUAAGAAAGAGGUGGAGAGGAAGAAACUCGAACUUGAUGGUGAGAAAGAAACAACAGCAGAAGAGCCUAGCUCUCCUUUGAAGUCUGCUCCUGCUUCUCCAGUGAAGAGUCCAUCCAAAACAGAAACAAAGAGUCCUGCCCUUUCCCCAUCCAAGUCUUCAGAGGGUGAUAAGAAGACUGAAACAAGUAAAGCUGCUGAUGAAUCCGAAAAGACCAUUCCAGAAGGAGUAGUGGUCAAUGGAAAAGAGGAAGACCAGACAGUAGAAGAAGCUCUCAGCAAAGGAAUGAGUCAGAUGACUACCAAUGCUGACACAGAUGUGGAUGCCUCCAAGGAAAAAACUGAGUCAGUCACCAGUGGUCCCAUGUCCCCAGAAGGCUCACCCUCUAAGUCCCCAUCCAAGAAGAAAAAGAAAUUCCGAACCCCAUCCUUUCUGAAAAAAAGCAAAAAGAAGGAGAAAGUGGAAUCCUGAUUUUCCCACCCUCAGGCCCCCACUUGCUUCUCCUUCUUUCCUGCCCCUUCCCUCCCCCUGUCUCUGUCUCUGAAAGUACAGAGCCACGGAAGGAUAGAGUAAGAUGUAGACUUGUACAGCUGGAAGAGACCUUAGAAUUCAUCUAGUACCAUCCUUUCAGUUGACAGAGGAGGACACUGAGGCUCAUCA